AUGCGUUCAUCCACCUCAAUCAUUCUGAUCUUCGCUAUUAUCUGCUUUGCUUGUGUAUUGAAUGUCUCUAGUGCUCCAGUCUCGGAUACAGAAGCUUAUCGACUGCUUGAUAGUUACCUACAACGACUUUAUGAAGAUGAAGGCCAAGGAAUGAUAUUGGUUCCCGUACACGGAUCAAUGAAACGUGGACUCGGCCCUCGACCUCUCCGAUUUGGAUGA